AUAAUAGUGUUGGUGCUGCUGCAGUCUAUCUAUCAUGGACGAGUCUUGUUCUGUUCAUGAGGAAGUUUCCUAAGCUUGGUAUAUAUGUCGUAAUGUUUACUCAUAUUUUCAAGACGUUCGCACGGUUUUUUCUGGUAUUUUUUCUAUUCAUCGUUGGGUUUGGUCUUGGGUUUCAUAUUCUUAUAUAUAAUCAGCAUCCAUUCUCGACGCCUGGUCGUUCUAUGCUAAAGAUCACGAUGGGCAUGCUGGGAGARUUUGAAUACGAUACAGUAUACAACGAGAAUGAGGUGCCGGCCGUUGCCUGGGCUCUCUACGUCUGCUUCCUUGUGAUUAACUGUAUUAUUCUCAUGAACCUACUGGUCGGUCUUGCUGUUGAUGAUAUCAAAGGUGUACAAGAAAAAGCCGCUCUACGUAGACUUGCUAUGCAGGUUGAUUUAGUGCUUGAUGUCGAGAAAGCCCUUCCAGCGAUUCUGCGUCGUCGGUUUGCUACUCAGAGAGAAGUUGUUUAUCCUAAUAAAAUGAAGUACUGUAGUAUCUGGUCAUUCUGGAAUACCAGGACAACUAGUCCAGCAAGAACGAUAAAUGAAGCCAUGAACCCAGAAAAGACGCCCAUUGAAAAGCUUCAACGACAACAAGACAACUUGAAAGACGAGGUGACACAUUUGAAUCUKAAAUUAAAAUCAGUUCUUCAACAUACUACUCAACUUGARAUCAUGAUGAAAGCCAUGAUGAAACACCAUGGAGUGUCGGUUGAGGACGAACAGAAGGGAGAAGACGACGAGUAACUCUUCGUGACUCCGAAUGAAUUCCGAUCCGUGCCGACUUCAGUCCGAAAGAAUCACGACUGAAUAUAGAUUUAAACUUAUUGAGCGAGAUCAAAAACCUUGGGAUACUGAAUUAACGGCAGCUAAAACACGAUCAAACUCGACUAAAGUACGAUGGAAUCCGACUUUUUUCCGAUCACUGCCGACCUAAACACGAUUCGACUCGGGUACCUGUCGAUUUGAAGACCAAAUUAUGAUGACAAAGAAUCUUCACAAAUAUUGACAAACUCCAAUUACACACCUGACCCGAAACUGAAAUAAUGCAUAAAAAAUCCAACUUUACAAAUAUUUAUUUCUGUAAUUUAUUAGAGCAGAUUUCGUAUGAGUGGGAAACGGACGGUACUGUACUGUGACCGUAAUCGUACUGUAACCAAAUUCUAGUGCCCCAUUGGUUCACCAAAAAUGUGAAGGCCAGGUCCGGUAACCGUGCGGUAACCGUGCGGUAACGGUGACCCACUCAUACGAAAUCCGCUCUAUCAAGUGUCGAACAUUUGAAUGUGCAUAAAAAGACAAAAUUCACAAAGUAUAAAACUUACAUAUUUAUUGCU